UGCUGUCCUGGUUGAGAUCGGUCAGUGUUGUCACAGGGCAGCAUGAGACACUCAUCUUGGAGCCAAUGUGCAUUCAUGAAGAAAAAGUCCGUUUGAUUACUUGCAAAUUCAAAACUGACAUGUGGAGCAGCAAAACCCUAUCACUGAUAUUUGCACUGGUGUUGGGCUCAGAGGUUGCACAAUGCGAGGAUGUGGAGUACAUGACAGCGGAUGAGUUACCUUUCCAGGACCAGCAAGAGAAUGUUGGCAACAUAUCCACCGUACCAGGAAUGUCGCGUCAUCAGAUCCUGGCUGCGCAGUUCGAGUGUUACUUGAAGAUAAUCCGCGAUCCACCACGGGCCGAAGAAGGUAAUUACUGUAACCGCACAUGGGAUGGCUGGCUGUGUUGGGGGGAUUCUUCUCCAGGGACGGUCAUACAGAUGUGCCCAGAAUACUUCCACGAUUUUGACCCUGCUGAAAAAGUCACCAAAGUCUGUAAUCCUGAUGGACAGUGGUUCCACCACCCAGAGAGCAACAGAGUGUGGUCCAACUACACCCAGUGUCAAAUCUACACCAAGGACAAACUCAAGUUUGCCAUCAGUCUGUACUACCUGGCCAUGGUGGGUCACGGCCUCUCCAUUGUCUCGCUCAUCAUCUGCCUCAUCAUCUUCUCCUAUUUCAAGAGUCUUAGCUGCCAGAGAAUUUCCCUCCACAAGAACAUGUUCCUCUCCUUCAUUUUUAACUCGAUUGUAACCAUCAUGUGGCUCUCUCUGACAGCCGCCAAUAACCAGGCCAUAAACACCAGCAACCCUGUGAGCUGUAAAGUGUUGGCUGUGCUCACCCAAUACACGUUGACCUCGAACUACUUCUGGAUGCUGUGCGAGGGCAUCUACCUACACACUCUCAUCAUCGUGGCCGUCUUUGUCGGGGAGCAGAAGCUCUUCUGGUACUAUGUCUUGGGGUGGGGCUUUCCCAUCAUUCCUGCCAUCACCUAUGCUGUGGCUCGUGGGCUCUUCUUUAACGACAGGUGUUGGAUCAACUCCAACACUUACCUGCUUUACAUCAUUCACGGACCCAUUCAAGCAGCACUGCUGGUGAACUUGUUCUUUCUCCUGAACAUUUUGCGGGUUCUGAUCACCAAGCUGAAGGAGACCCACUGUGCCGAGUCCACUACCUACAUGAAGGCUGUGAGAGCCACGCUCAUCCUCAUCCCUCUGCUCGGAGUCCAAUUUAUUCUCGUUCCCUGGAGGCCCGAGGGGCGCAUCAGUCGGGCCAUCUAUGACUUCUUCGUAAAUAUUUUCUGCCAUUUUCAGGGACUCCUGGUGGCAAUCAUAUUAUGUUUCUGCAAUAGUGAGGCCCAAACGGCGCUGCAGAGAAAAUGGGGCCAGUGGAAAUCGGCGUGGGGUAAGACAGGCUGGGGAGAGACCCCUGUCAACUUUAGCCACUUCAGUUACCACAACAAUUCAUCAAUCACCGAGACGAGUCGCGCCACCGUCAGCAUGGAACAACCCGAUACCGAUUGGAAAAGUGGCGAGAAUGCUCGCAUCCUGUCCGGCAGGCAGCCAGCGAGAAGUGCGGAGUGCAGCAACGGGGAGGUGGACGUGCUAAACUAGCUGCAAACCACUGAAAUGUGACAUAGCUGAAGGAGCACCCCUGUUUUUUUUUUUUACCUUUUCAAGGACAGCGGUUACUACAGUGGACAUCUUAUCGUGUUAUCAGGUUACAGGGUGGAUGAAAAGGUUAAUACAAAAAAAAAUUGUCCUACACAUGGGCGCAGAUGGCACUGGGGAUGGAGUGUGACACAUGACCCUCAGUUUCAUAAAGACCACGAUCUGUCGCAAAGUAAGCGGGCAAAAAUCACCGGUAAAAUGGAGGAUUAAUGUUCCUCUUCCACUAGGACGGACAUGAAGCCAGAAUAGUUUAUGGUCUUAUGCUUCAACUACUGAUGCGCUUAAGUUACACCCAAACAAAAUGUUGGAACUUGUACUUCUGAAUCAGAAUUUUAAUCACCUCUCUUCCUGAAGUCAAAUCUCCAGCUCAUCAAGGCAGAUGAAUCUUAGAAGCCCAACAUUGAACAAAUGCUAUCCGCUACUGAUGUAAACACUAUAGUUAAAUGUAUUGUUUUGCGUUUGUAAGGCUAGGAAGCACUUAUAAUGUGGCGAGCGACUCUGAACUGAGAAUGGCAUUUGGCACAAGUCUUCCCACACAGUAAACUUGGGGGUGUUUGCUGAACAUGAAGGAAAUGUUUUGGAAGAUGGUUAUUUCUCCAAAGCGUCUUGUAAUGUGUACUGAAUAACAGUUGAAUUGAAAUAUAUAUUUUAAAUAAUAAUAAUAAUAACUCCACCUUUCUUUUUCUUUUAGGCAAUAUCUCUUUUUUUAACAGGGUGAGCUGCGAACAAACAAGUAGCCAUGCAGUGCCUAUUUCAGUGUUCAGAAAUAAGGGUAAAAUGAAUAAACAAAAAAAAUCAAUCAAAUCAAAAACAUCGCUUCCCUGUCCCUUCCCUAGUUCCAAAAUCCCAUCUGCGCCCCUGGUCCCACAUAUUAUAGGAGCACUUGCAAAACAAGCAUGCUUUUCACACAUUUUGAGAUAACAGCUUCAAUUUAUGCACGUGUACACUGUCAAAUACAUAAUUUGUAUCAUUUUCGAGACCUUAUAGUCACUUCAUGUACAUAGUACACGACUAUAGAGUUAAACCUUUGAUUUAUUGCUUAUUUCCUCAUAUAGAGUCCUCAGUCAACAACUGUAGGGACUGCCAGGGCUCUAUUAGUUGUAGGCUCGAAAGUGGAACCGAGAAGUAUACAGUAUAUACAUUUUUACAGGGCAUCCAGAAAGUAUUCAAAGUAUUUCAUGUUUAGUACAUUUUGUUUAAAAACAAAAAAAGAAUAAA